GGCACCCCAGUAGUUAGAAUUAGUGUCUUUGACUCCUAGGACCUGUUUAAGAGCUGUGUUAUCUUAAUGGGCAACAUGGGCUGCAGCCCAGGACCUCAAACACUAGGGGACCCCUGAGUCAGUUUUAUUGGAUGCGUUAAAGCCGCGUUUACCCAGGGACCCGCAAAGGCUUAGCGGGGCACUGCUGCACUGAAACCAUGGAAGUGCGGUUCCUGACAGGAGAUAUGAGGGUUGACCUUGUCAAAAGCAGUGGACGGACAGAUCCAGCAAAAUUAGUAUAGAACGUCCGUAAUCCACUCUUGCCGGUUUUCGGGCUUCUACAGCAGAAAGCAUGGCAGUCUCGGCUGAAUGUCCAUCCAGGAGGUUGUCCUGUGUGAGAAAGCCAGAGACUUGGAUGAACACAACCUGUUCAAGUGUUUUUGCAAUGAAAGGAAGAUUGUAAAUGUUACAUCAACCAAACUCUCAUUAUUAGUUAUUUAGAAACUUUUUUAUUAUAAGAUAAUGACGUUUUUUUGCAAACUCUCAGAACAGAGUUGAUGAAUGCGCUCAGUGCUACACAAAUGUUUGUAUGCAGUUGUCUACUUAUUACAUUAGGUUUUCUCCAAUUGAUUAUUUACGGUGUACUGAAAAUGAAAGCUUUUUUAUAUUUAUUUUAGACUUGAUCAAAGAGAAUGAGGAGACGGAAGACCCGAAACACCAUCACGUCAAAUCUUUGAUUCGCUCGCAGGCCGAGACGUUUUUUUCCGUAAAAAGAGUAUCCAAGAAAUCUUUCACCUGCCUGCAGUGCGGCAAGAGUUUCAGACAUAAAAGAAACCUUAGUGGACACAUGCAUAUUCACACCGGAGAGAAACAACACACUUGUGAUCAGUGCGGAAAGAGUUUGAGACAUAAAAGAAACCUUAACGAACACAUGAAGGUCCACACCGGAGAGAAACCGCACACGUGUGAUCAGUGCGGGAAGAGUUUCAGGCAUAAAAGAAACCUUAACGAACACAUGAAAAUCCACACCGGAGAGAAGCCGCACACGUGUGACCAGUGCGGGAAGAGUUUCAGACAUACAGGACACCUUAACGAUCACAUGAAAAUCCACACCGGGGAAAAGCCGCACACGUGCGGUCUCUGUGGGAAGAGUUUCGCUCAUUUAAGUACUUUGAAAUCGCAUCUGAAUUCUCAUUCUGGAGAAAGACAAUAUAUGUGUGAUCAGUGUGGCAAGAACUUUUCUUGGGCGAAUUCCCUGAAGGACCACCUGACGGUUCAUUUAAAGGAGAAACCUCACGUGUGCCCUUUGUGUGGAAAGAGUUUUAGCCAGCUGAGUUAUUUAAGAAAACACCAGCAAAGACACAGCGGCGUGAAGGAUGUUCUUUGA